GUGGAAGCAUAUAAGAUCUCUCGCGGCUAAACCUCAGUGAGAGAGAUUGAUUGAUUGCACAGUCGGAAAAUGGAGCGGACAGGGUCGCCGGAAAAUACAGUCGUCGCCGAAGCUUGCCGUCCACUUCCUUACCUCUAUCUCUCUUCUACAUUGAUUUGGUUCUUCGUUGCUUUCGUUUGGGCCUUGAAUACUUGUAGAAACCGCCAUUUUCAGCAGUCGAACAAUUUACAAUGGACUCUUACAUUGAUUCCUUUAGUUAAAGCAUUGCAGCUUGGCCUUUCCUUCCUCUUUUGGUAUUCGUGUUCUAAUUUUCAUAUAUGCUCUCUAUGGCUGUCAUUUGGGGUGUACACAACUGGAGUUCUCUCUCAGACAGUUUCUUUUAUAUCCUUUCUCCUAAUAUCUCAUGGAUACUGCAUAAUGUAUGAACGUCUUUCAGUUAGCGAACGUCGUAAUGCAACCACGCUAGGAUGUGUGUUCUAUUUGACUCUAGUUGGUUACCGAACCUCUGUUCCUUACUCUUCUGUCUUCCUGCUUGUCAAUUAUUUGUUAUCUUUCUAUUUAAUAUUCCGGAAUGUAUCAAGGAAUUUAGUAACUUUAAGGGAACAAAUGGCUUUUAUAGAAGAUGAAAAUGUCCUAGGAAUGCGAGAUGCUAUUUGUACAAAAUACGCCUUGUUCAAAAAAUUUCAAGGUGCAAUGCAGGUUGUAGUAAUAGCAGAAAUUGCGAUAUUCAUCAACAAAGACAAUUCUUUGGACAUAUUUUGGCUACGCGUGUUGGCUCGAGAAUGGGCACAAGUCUGCAUCUUCAUAUACAUUGGAUGGAUGUUUAGAUCACAAGAAUUGGCACCCAAUUUUUCUGUUAUUCCACAUCUUAAAAGAAGAGAGCCAACUGUGGUGCCUCCAAUCUAUAGCAUUGAAAUGGGUGCCGAACAAUUUAAAGAUUUUAGGAACCACGAAUGGCAUAUUGGAGUGCCAACAUCUUGCUCACUUGAUAAAAAUGGGGAAGCUCCUAUUCUAGUUAUUGUUCAAAACCCGAGUGGGCAUAGGCACAAUACAGUCUCGCCUGGCUCAACUAAUGCUGCAAAAUCUUGUUCACAUCUCCACUCAAUUUGACAUUCAGAAAAUCAAUCAGGAAACAAGUUUAAUACGAUUAAUUCGAAUUUUUAGCACUUAUAGGAUUGAAGGGUGAAUGAUCUUUGAAUUUUGCAUAUAUGAUUUCACAAGAGGUUCGCCCAAGAUUACGUCAAAGACAAGAAGGGUAAAAACUGAUUUUCUUGUCAUAGGAUGUUCUUCUGUAAAUUUUAUUCUCUUUUUUGUUUUUAACUGUGUUAGAAGGUUAGUUAUAUUCUAAAUGAAUGAAAGCUGUAUAUAGUUUUCUUCCUUUCUAGGUUAUCCAUAUAAAGAGUUAAUAUAUUAC